AUGGCCUCCUGCCCAGACUCAGACAAUAGCUGGGUGCUUGCCGGCUCAGAGAGCCUGCCUGUGGAGACCUUGGGCCCUGAAUCUGAGAUGGACCCAGAAUCUGAGAGAGCUCCCCGGGUCCCUCGGAGCCCCUCCAAGGCAGCUGCUGAGGAAUCAGCUGAGACUUUGGAUGGAGGAGAGACUGUGUCCCAGGGUGAGAGCUCCCAAUCUGGGCCCAUUCUGUCAGAGGAGGCUGAGGCCAAGGGUGUCCUGGAAGGUGAUGACCCUGGAAUGGAGACCUCCGGCCCAGGAGACACAGAGGCCCGGGGAGACCUGGAGGAGACCCCUGAGGUGGUAGGCCUGGAACCGGACUCACAGGACCUGGAGGAUCAGAGCCCCCCCCGCAGCCUGCCUUCAUCCCCCAACACAGCUCAGAUCAGGGAGGAGGCCCACCGCUCCAGCAGUGAGGAGGACGACACCGAUGUGGAUGUGGAGGGUCUGCGGAGACGGCGGGGCCGGGAGCCCGGCACUCCUCAGCCCACGGCCACCCUGGGUGUGGAGAGCCAGGGCCAGGGCGAAGGUGCAGGCGGGGAGCUGGGCAUCUCCCUCAACAUGUGUCUCCUCGGGUCCCUGGUUCUGCUGGGCCUGGGGAUCCUCCUCUUUGUUUCAGGAUUCCACUUUCCCACAGGGCCCCUGGAGGGAGUAGACCUGCAGGUCUUGCCAGAUCCGGAGUCUGAUGCUGAGAUGCUGGAGGCUGUGGGGGAUGGGCAGGCAUGUGAUGGACUACAGCAGCUACAGACCUCAGAGCUCCUGGACAGUGUGCCCAGCCUGCAGAACAUGGCCCUUCUGCUGGAUAAGCUGGCCAAGGAGAACCAGGACAUCCGACUACUGCAGGCCCAGCUGCAGGCCCAGAAGGAAGAGCUUCAGAGCCUGAUGCAUCAGCCCAAAGGGCUAGAAGAGGAGAAUGCCCGGCUCCGAGGGGCCCUCCAGCAGGGCGAGGCCUCCCAGCGGGCCCUGGAGUCAGAGCUGCAGCAGCUGCGGGCCCAGCUUCAGGGACUGGAGGCUGACUGCGUCCAGGGUGCAGAUGGGCUGUGUCUCCAUUGGGGCAGAGGCCUGCAGGCUGGCAAGGUUACCAAGGAGCAAGGCGCUACAGGGCAGGAGCCAAGCCCUGGAUUCCUGGAGCAAAAGAAACAGCUAGAGGCUGAGGCCCAGGCAUUAAGGCAAGAGUUGGAGCGGCAGCGGCGGCUGCUGGGGUCUGUGCAGCAGGACCUGGAACGGAGCUUGAGGGAUGCGGGCCGAGGGGAUCCAGCCCAGGCUGGCCUGGCUGAGUUGGGUCACAGGCUGGCCCAGAAGCUGCGGGGCCUGGAGGACUGGGGCCAGCGCCCUGGGGUCCCUGCCAAUGUCUCAGAGGCCUGGCAUCAGAAGCCUCACUUCCAGAAUUCCAGGGAGCGGAGUGGGAAGGAAAAGUGGUGGGAUAGGCAAGGGGACUGGAAGACCGAGCACCGGAAACAUAAGAAGGAGGUAUCUGGCCGGGAGAAGAGCUGGCCUGGUGAGGAGGACAGGGAGCGGGCGGGGAGGUGGAAGGAGGGCAAGCCAAGGGUGGAGGAGUGGGCCAGCAAGAAGGAUGGCAAGCGACAGCGUUCCAAGGAGCCCCCCAGGAAAAGUGGGAGCUCCCACCCCUCCGGAGAAAGGCAGAAACACCCUCGGUGGAAGGAAGGAGCUAAAGACAGGCAUGACCCCCUGCCACUCUGGGCAGAGCUGUCCAAGCACAAGUACCAGGCACCCCAGGGCUGUUCAGGUGUCCGUGAGUGUGCCCGGCAGGAGGGCCUGGCCUUCUUUGGCGUAGAGCUAGCCCCUGUGCAGCAACAGGAGCUGGCCUCUCUGCUGAGGACGUACCUGGCGCGCCUGCCUUGGGCCGGGCCACUGACCAAGGAGCUGCCCCUCUCUCCCACUUACUUCGGUGAGGAUGGUAUCUUCCGCCACGACCGCCUCCGCUUCCGUGACUUUGUAGACGCCUUGGAGGACAGCCUGGAGGAGGUAGCGGUGAGACAAACAGGUGACGACGACGAGGUGGAUGACUUUGAGGAUUUCAUCUUCAGCCACUUCUUUGGAGACAAAGCACUGAAGAAGAGGUCUGGGAAGGGCAAACAUUUGCAGAACUCCAGAGUUGUGGGGCUCAAGGAGGAGCACAGCCCCCACCGCAGGGGCUGA